ACGCCUUAUAACACACAGAACCAGGAAACAAUUUUUCUAAGAAAACAACCCCAAGGCUUUCUUUCUCUUUGUUCAGUGUAUAAGGGCAGGAAGAUGGCAGAGGCCAGUAUUUCAGUAGAUCGGGAUCAAUUCAGCUGUCCAGUGUGUCUGGAUCUUCUACAGGAUCCUGUUACUACUCUAUGUGGCCAUAAUUUCUGUAAAUUGUGUAUUAAUCAUUUCUGGGAUCAAGAAGCUCAGAGAAAGGUCUUCAGUUGUCCUCAGUGUAGAGAGACGUUCACUCCAAGGCCUGUUCUACAGAAGAACAACAUGCUGGCUGAAAUGGUGGAGAAACUACAGAAGACUAAACUCCAAGCUGCUUCUUCUGCUCACAGUGACGUCCGACCUGGAGAUGUGGAAUGUGAUUCCUGCCUUGGGAGAAAACGCAAAGCUGUCAAUUCCUGUCUGGUGUGUCGCACUUCCUUCUGUGAAGAUCAUCUUCAACCUCACUAUGAGUCUCAGGCUUUUAAGAAGCACAAGUUAGUUGAAGCCUGUGCAGAUUUCCAAGCGAAGACCUGCUCUGAACAUAACAAAGCGAUCGAGAUCUUCUGCCGUACCGACCAAAGUUUCAUCUGUUACUUAUGCGCAAUGGAUAAACACAGACAACAUAAUACAGUUUCAACUAUAGCAGAAAGAACAGAAAAACAGAAUGAGCUAAUGAGGGAGCAGAUGAAAUCCCAGCAGAGGUCUGAGGAGAAGAAGAAGAAGGUGCAGGAGCUAAAACAGACAGUGGACAAUAUUAAGAUUAAUUCACAGGCAGCAGUAGAUGACAGUGAGAAGAUCUUUACUGAGUUGAUCAGUUACUUGAAGAAAAAGCGCUCAAAAAUGACAGAGAUUAUCAGAGCUCAGGAGAAAGCUCAACUGAGUGGAGUUGAAGAACUCAUGAAGCAACUGGAGCAGGAGAUUGCUGAUCUCAAUAGGAGAGUCAUUGAGCUGCAGCAACUUUCAAACACAGACGAUCACGUCCACUUUCUCCAGAGUUUCCCAUCUUUCUGUGUUUCCCCUGGACAUGACGACUCACCCAGCAUCACUGUCAAUCAACAUCUCUUAUAUGAUGAAGUGAAGAAAUCUCUCUUAGAUCUAAAAAAACGAGUCAAGAAGAUCUGUGUGAAGGAGUUCAACAAAUUUAAGCAAAAAGCUGCAGCAGUUACACCCUCAGAACCAAAGAGCAGAGAGGAUUUUCUAAAACAUUCCCAUUAUCUGAUGCUGGAUCCGAACACAGCAUAUUGUAAACUCCUUCUGUCUGAGAAGAACCGAACGGUGACAUGCAGUGGGAUAGAUCAGCGAUACUCUGAUCAUCCGGAGAGAUUUGACUACUGGUGUCAGGUGCUGUCUAAGGAAAGAGUGUGGGGGCGCUGUUACUGGGAGGUGGAGAGGAGUGGUAAUGAUGUGUACAUAGCAGUCGCGUAUAAAGAGAUCAGCAGGAAAGGAGGAAGUAUUGAGUGUGUGUUUGGACGCAACAGUCAGUCCUGGAGUCUGCAAUGUUCUUCUUCUUCUUUUUAUUUCUGGCAUAACAACAUUGAGACUGAGCUCCAAGGACCAGUAUCCUCCAGAAUAGGAGUGUAUGUGGAUUACAAUGCAGGAACUCUGUCCUUCUACAGCGUCUCUGACACGAUGAGGCUCCUCCACAAAGUCCACACCACAUUCACUCAGCCUCUGUAUGCUGGAUUUUACACAUUUUAUAACUCAACUGUAAAGUUGUGCGAUACAAAAUGACACGUUAGUAAAAGGGAUUCUUUUAAUUUAAACACGUGUCAGGUUUCUUCUUUCUUUCUUUUAUUGAAAUUAUCUCAAAUUUUUGUUUAUAAAUGACCAAAUAUAGAAAGAGUCUCAACGCAUAAUGUUUCUAGAUAAAGCAGAAAUGGUGUGAGACCAUUUAUCUUCACGCAUGAGAUACUGAUGUGAAACUUUAUAUACUGUAUUUUGCCUUUCUUUCUUCAGAAUAAUUUUGUUUUUCCUCAAACAGCUUUGACUCUUUGUGCUGCUCCUAAAGGAAAAACAUCCUACUGUGUGAAAACUGUGUGUUUUUGUUUAAGUUUUUGUUUGUGUUCUUUUCAAUAGUGUGGUAAGCAUUUAAUAAACUUUUGUAUUCAGACUCCUUUCUCAUUCAAAUGCAAAGAAAAUUUCACAGUGUAAAUUUCACAAGUUGAAAAUAAAUGUAAUACAUUUUACCUUUGACAUUAAAAACUGAGCUCAUGUU